GCUCAGGGCAAGUGAGGUUUCAUAUAGUAGUCUCCAUCUGUUCAGGUGUGGGCAAGGCUCAGGUGUGGGCGUGGUGUACGCCCUUGAGUGCGUGACGAGGUACACACAGUAGGCUAGCUAUUAUUGAAAGCCACAAUCCAAAUCAUGAAAUUAAGGUAUUUCCGAAUCCGUGUAUGGUUUGUUAAAUUGGAAUAUUCAUAUGGAAUACCAACUGUAUUAUUCAGUCUUCCCGUUUUGGACAUCCGUCAAUCUUAUCUUUUUUACUUUGGCGAGCAAGAAGUCAGGAGAUGUUGUCCGGUAUGAAGAGCAGAGAAACACAUCUACAACAUCUGUAGAGGUGUGGGCGUGGCAUACUCCCAUGGUGCUUCGCGAGUUGAAUGACUAUCGUCAGCGACGCACGGCACGGCUCACUCUGUUCGGAUUUUCUCUGCUUGAGACAUCUUUGUUCAGAUUGACCCUUUUGCUCUCCUUUCCACGGAUUAAUAUUGUGAGCGGAUUCAUACGAGUACGUUCUGUCUUUCAACUUUGCGGUUCAACCAAAGAAGUUCGUUGUCAAGAUGCCUCGUGCCUCGCGCGCUUCGGCUGCAGCCAAGGUGAGGAGGAGGACGAUUCUUCCGAUGGCAACGACUCUGGCUAGAGGCUUCCUCCCUGUGCAUGGCACUGGAGCACGUCACCGUGUCAAGCCUUGGCCUGUCUCUGCCCACACUGGGAAGUUCAACCGAUUGGAUCUCCCUCCUGAGUCUCCAGAUAAGCAGUUUGUGCUGUUUGUGGGCGACUCGCAUCUGCGUGCGUUGGUUGACCGUUACGUGAGGAUGCCAGACGGUUGCCUUUCGUUUGGGUUCCUGUCUACGCCUGGGGCGUCUGCCGCUGAGCUCCGCACUGAGUUGCUGAACGCAGACAUCCCCAGAACCCCCGACAUCGUUUGCUUGCUGGCUCCAAGCAACAACCUCACGGCGACGCCCAGCAUCGAAGCGGCUGGAGUUGCCUUCGAUGGACUUCUGAGAGCUGCCCGCAGUCGAUGGCCUAAGGUGUUUGUGCUCGAUUUCCCUCCCCGGCUGGCGAGUGAAUUGGCACCGCAACAAUUCCUUCGAGAGGAGUUUCGUCGCGUUGCAGCAAAGAACGAUGUAAAGUACUGCGUCACAGCUGACCGCUUUCCGCUGGACUCACGUGCCUUGUGGAGUCGUGAUGGGAUCCACCUGAGUGACGAUCGGGGGAUGCCGCUUCUCGCGAAGCUUCUGUGGCACUUCUCCUUUCGGCAGCUACAGUCACCUCUGCCUGUUACACCUCCGCCUGUGUCUCCUCCCAAGUCACCCCCGACUGUGAGACCCUUUGCUACCACCGUGGUUGUGAAGGGAGAGGUUUCACGUCCACGUCCCCUUGACCCCUUCAAGGAAACUGUCGUCGGACGUCGCGGAAAGGUAAAAGUUAUACCAUUUUGA